AUGUCCACGCUCGAACGCGUAGGUCCAUCCCAAAGAAAGUUAUCCUUUUAUCCUUUAGUGGCCUUAAUUAAAGCUGUGGAAUGUAAGAAAAAGUGGAAUACGCUAAGGAAGUCGUUCGAUUCGUGCUUCAAGCCAGGUGGAAAAGUGAAUCCAGCUGGAAAAACGGAGAAAUAUCAUAGUUCAUCGCCAGCUCCUACACCAGCUCUAUGGUUCAAGGAAGUAUGUCGAAAAAUGUUCAUUUUUCAAUUCGUUUGUGCAAAGACUCGUGACAGCAUCUAG